GCCGUUUGCAGUUUUAAAAGAACUACAUUACCCAUAAACCUUUGCGCCCUCAGACGGAAGACACGCAAGGUCAGCGAGUAAAAGUGCGCUUAGGUUUGUGUAAUGUACGUGGUAUGAAGUGUUGCUUUGAGGAAUCAUGAACUACUCAAGGUUUUUGACAGCUGUGAGCAUGGCAAGGAAGCCAUCCCCUAUCCGCAUCUUGACGGAGCUGCAGCAACGCUCUCCCCCCAGCCUGAUCUCUCUAGCCGGUGGAGCGCCGAACCCCAACACUUUCCCCUUCCUCUCUGCCACCAUUCAGAUGAAGAACGGAGAAGCUGUCCUGUUUGACCAGACCAUGAUGAAAAAGGCCUUACAGUAUUCUGCCUCUCCUGGCAUUCCAGAGCUGGUCUCGUGGAUGAAGGAGCUGCAGAAGAAGCUGCACAAUCCUCCCACAGCAUCCUACAGCCCAGAGAAAGGACAGAUGGAGCUGUGUGUCACCACCGGCAGUCAGGAGGGCCUCUGCAAAGUCUUUGAGAUGCUCAUCAGUCCUGGUGAUAACGUCCUUCUCGAUGCUCCCACGUACUCAGGAACUCUGGCAGCGGUCCAACCUCUGGGAUGCAACAUAAUAAACGUUCCCAGUGAUCAGUAUGGAAUGAUCCCAGAGGCUCUGAAAGACGUUCUGUCCAGAUGGGAUCCUGCAGAUGCGCAGAAACUCGGCAGUGGCGUCCCCCGGGUCCUCUACACUAUCCCUAAUGGAGGAAAUCCCACAGGCGCCUCCAUGACUGCUGAGAGGAAACAGAAAGUCUAUGAGCUAGCACAGGAUUAUGAUUUCCUUAUCAUCGAGGAUGACCCGUACUACUUCCUACAGUUCGAAAAGCCCUGGGCUCCUUCCUUUCUCUCUAUGGAUGUUGAUGGGAGAGUUAUACGUACUGACUCCUUUUCCAAGAUCCUGUCAUCAGGAUUGAGAAUAGGUUUCGUCACAGGGCCGAAGCCGUUAGUGGACCGUGUGGUCCUUCACAUCCAAGCGUCUACCAUGCACACCAGCACCUUCACACAGCUCAUGGUGUCUGAGCUCCUUCAUUUUUGGGGACAGGAAGGCUUCCUGAAGCAUAUAGACAGUGUGGUGGAGUUUUACAGAGCCCAGAGGAACGCCAUGCUCUCUUCAGCAGACAAUUGGCUCAAAGAUGUAGCAGAGUGGCACGCACCAGCAGCAGGCAUGUUCCUAUGGAUUAAACUAAAGGGCAUUAAAGACACACAGAAGCUCAUAAUGGAAAAAGCACUGGAGAAAGAGGUGCUGCUGGUGCCUGGAGGAGUGUUUAAUAUCCACAGCUCAGAGCCCUGUCCUUACGUGAGAGUGGCCUUCUCUCUGUCCACACCACAGCAGAUUGAUGAGGCUUUCAAGAGGCUCUCAGCACUGAUCAAGGAGGCUUUGUGAGAAGGGACACAGACACUAUACUGUAACAUUGUUGCUUCUGAGGGAUACAUUUCUCCCUACUUUGUCCUACCUUUACCGUUUAAUUUAAUAAUUUAUAGGUUAUUGACUUAAAAUGCUGUUAAAAUGAGGCCAGUGAAACAUAUUAUUAUUAACACAGGAGUACUGUAGAGUGCAAGGAGCCUGUUUACACACUGAAAUAUCAUAUGAUCUGUUCUAGGUUUUCAACUGAUUCUAAUAGAAUAGAUAAUAUAUAGAAAUGUGAAUGAUGUUCUGUAAAACAUUUGUGGUUCAGGUGUUCAGAGGUGUAAUAAAUUCACCUUCUACAAAUUUUCACCUCUUGUCUGCUCUAGAGAAGAAACAAAGACUAACCACGAACGCGUCACUUCCACUUUACUGCUAAUUCUUGUUUACUCUUAACUGACCCGGGCGUGCAAGAGAAUAGAGGUAAAGAAAGGAAAAUCAGUUUUGCCUGUUCACACUGAGGUCCACAUACACCGAUCAGCCAUAACAUUAUGACCACUUAUGAUCUCCUCAUCAUGGCACCUGUUAGUGGGUGGGAUAUAUUAGGCAGCAUGUGAACAUUUUAUCCUCAAAGUUGAUGUGUUAGAAGCAGGAAAAAUGGACAAGCGUAAGGAUUUGAGCGAGUUUGACAAGGGCCAAAUUGGGAUGGUUAGACCACUGGAUCAGAGCAUCUCCAAAACUGUAGCUCUUGUGGGGUGUUCCCGGUCUGCAGUGGUCAGUAUUUAUCAGAAGUGGUCCGAGGAAGUGAACCUGUGGUGAACCGGCUUCAGGGUCACGUGUUGGUCAAGGCUCAUUGAUGUGGAGUGAAGGCUGGCCCGUGUGAUCCGAUCCAACAGUCUGUUGCUCAGAUUGCUGAAGAAGUUAAUGCUGGUUCUGAUAGAAAGGUGUCAGAAUACACAGUGCAGGACGGGUCAGGGCUGUUUUGGCAGCAAAAGGGGGACCAACACAAUAUUAGACAGGUGGUCAUAAUGUUAUGCCUGGUCAGUGUUUGAAGCCAAUUUGGGACACAUUUCCAGGAUUUUGCAGACACCCUUAUCCUCAGCAACUUACAUUUAUUUAAUUUAUACAAAUGAGCAAUUGAGGGCUAAGGGCCUUGCUCAGGGGCCCAGCAGUGGCAUCUUGGUGGUCCUGGGAUUCAAACUUACAUCCUUCUGAUCAGUAAUGCACUACCUUACCACGGAGUUCCCACAUCUCCAUUUACUGUAGCUCAAAUCUGAAUUGUAAAGUGUGACUUUUGCUCUUUAAUCUGUUCAAGAAAACAAAUCUAGGGCAAAUAUUAGGUGGCUUCUACAUGCAGUGUAAUCACUAAUGCACCUUCUACUAGAAAAUAACGUACUUUAUAAUAUCUCUCAAUUCUGUGUGUUCUCCUGAAGAGCUCACUGAAAGACUUGUCCCAUUUUUCAGUGGUAAACAUGAGAUUUUAC